AUGAGUGCACGCCAGUUAGCUGGCUCGAGUGGACUGUCGGAUCAGGCCGUUUUGUUAAAACUGCUAAAGAGAAAGGUAACAGAACACCUGCCUCCAGAGGCAGAACACGACCGACUUACUGACAACGUCCCUAUCUCGCAAAAACUACACAACAUGACUUACGCACUGGCAACGUGUACUAAAACUACAUAUCACAACACAACACCACAAUUCACAACUGCUCAAACGACGGGUGUAACUCCUCCCUACGCAAUCUCUCACAAUAUUGCUCCUCAUCAUACAACUCAAAUUACAAAUCCCAAAACUUCAAAUGAAUCUCCUCGUUAUGUAAUCCCUCACAAUAUCAUUCCUCAUCAUAUAGCUCCUCAAAUUACAAAUCCCCAAGCUUCAAAUAUACCUCCUUACAAUGUAAUGCCUCACAAUACCAUUCCUCAUCAUACGACUAAUCAAAUUACAGAUCCUCGAACUUCAAAUAUAUCUCCUCAAUACUAUACUCCUCAUACUACAAGUAUAACUCCUCAGCACUCAAUAAACCAAACCAGGAUAAUCCCUGACCGUUCAGUACCUCAUUAUACCCAAUCUCAAUACAUACCGCGUCAAUAUACGUCAACCUCAUACUCAAGACCUCAUCACACAACAUCUAAUACACAACCUAAUACUCCAGAUCUCUCAUUAUAA